CGAUUAGCUGACAGCAAUUCCCCAACGAGGCCCGAUUGCAUCCAGUUCCUCUCUGCCAUCAUUCGUGAGAAGCAGCCCGGAACCUCCUCUCGUUCCUCCCCGCUCAGCACAUGGAUUCCUCAUUGCAUCAAGUCUGGCAAGCUGCUGCUGGCAGUCCAUUCCUCCCUGUUGUUGGCAAGGAAAGCCAAUUCACCAUCGCCUUUGUUCUUCUCACGCUGAGCCUGGCAAUUACCGGUGUCUUUGCACUAAACCGUUCAUUAGUCAGCGUCAUUGCACUUGGCGUGCCAGCUUCUCUAGCAAUUGCCUUUGGAACCGUUUAUAUGUUCUGUGCAGUCGGGGUUUACGUUUGAGGCGGCCAUUGUAUUCUAGUUGGUAAAGGCACUCAAAAAGGGUGCUUUAGAGCGAGUUAUUGUGUCUUGUGCUGUUUUCUCAUUUUCUUUUCUUACCGAUUAUAAGAGUUGUUGUCAUCUGUUCC